CAGGGCCCGAUUUGAAAUUAAGCAUAAACCUCAUCUUCCUCACCCAACGUUUUCGCUCUGAAACAUCGUUAAGUUUCGAUGUAGCAGAGGGACUGUGCCUGGGAGGAGGGAGAGAGAGACGCCUUAAACCUAACAGCAGAAGAACCUGCUGUCUCUCCCGACAGGGCAAAACCCUUCUCCGGUUCAGCUGGCGUUAUCUUCCCUUCUGCGCUCGUUCUAGGUUUUGCUGGCAGCCCGCCGUAUCCCAUUUUUCAGCUGUUAAUUUCGGCGAUUUGCAAUGCAAAGGUGGUGUAAUUUCUGUUUCUUGCUCUGAAUUUUAGGAGUUUCGGAGCUCAAUGGCGGGUAAUGUUUCGGUAUAUGUUUGUAACCUGCCCGAGGGAACUGAUGAAAACAUGCUUGCGGAGCAUUUCGGCACUAUUGGUUUGCUUAAGAAAGACAAGCGUACAGGACGGCCCAAGAUAUGGCUCUACAGAGACAAAGAGACGAAUGAACCUAAGGGAGAUGCUACUGUCACAUAUGAGGAUCCCCAUGCUGCAGCAGCUGCUGUUGAAUGGUUUAACAAGAAGGAUUUUCACGGAAGUAUUAUUGGAGUUUUCAUUGCAGACAUGAAGAGCAAAGACAGCAAUGAUGCUGGAAAUCUUGGCGUAUUGGAGGAAAAUGCUGAGGAUGUAAAUGGUGGUGUUGGAAGGGGUAGAGGUCGGGGUGAUGCUUCAGGAAAAGCAUGGAAACAAGAGGGAGACUGGUUGUGUCCGAAUACAAGCAGUUGUUCCAAUGUAAACUUUGCAUUUCGUGGUGUCUGCAAUCGCUGUGGAAGUGCUCGACCUGCUGGUGCUGGAGGUGGUGGUUCACAGGGUGGUGGCCGUGGGAGGGGCCGGGGUACUCAUGAUUCUGGGGCUGCAGGCCGUCCAGUUGGUGCUGCUCCUACAGGACUUUUUGGUCCAAAUGAUUGGCCUUGUCCAAUGUGUGGCAACAUAAACUGGGCAAAGCGUACAAAGUGCAACAUUUGCAACACCAAUAAGCCUGGUCAUAAUGAGGGAGGUGUAAGGGGAGGACGUGGUGGAGGUUAUAAGGAACUUGAUGAAGAAGAAAUUGAGGAAACCAGAAGAAGGCGGAGGGAGGCUGAGGAGGACGACGGCGAGAUGUAUGAUGAAUUUGGAAAUCUCAAGAAGAAGUUCCGUGCUAAAACUCAACAAGCUGAAGCUGCUCAGGGCAUACCUGGUGCUGGGCGUGCAGGGUGGGAGGUUGAAGAACUAGUUGUCAAUGAUAAAGAUGGGAGGGAAAGGAGCAGAGAUAGAGGAAGGGAACGGGAACAGGAACGGGAAAGGGAUGACAGGGAAGGUGGCAAACACAGAGAUCGGGACGAGCGAGAUAGACGCCACAGUCGAAGCAGAGAGCGUGACCGUGGAAGAGACCGUGAUUACGGAUAUGACAGAGACAGAGACCGGGACAGGGAUAGAGACCGGGAUUACGGGCGAGACCGGGAUCGUGACAGGGACAGGAGCAGGUAUCGUUACUGAGGCUGCAAGGGGGAGUUGCCUAAGUAUUCAUUCUCCUGCUGUGUCUUCUGAUUUGAACAUUCUGGCUUGACGUAGAUCUCUAGCGUAACUCAACGUCAAAAAAUUCUCCAAGAUGCAUGUCGGGAUUUUGGAUUUUGGGUUUGAAUACUGCAGCUGCAUUUGUGUUGGCCCGUUUAUUACUCUGCUUGAAUGUCUUUUAAAUUUUUGCAAAUCUUUACAUGGUGUCGGGGCUGGUAGUUGAUUUUGCGUUUUAGAACC